AGGAGAAGGGUGUUCCAGCGUUAACUGGACUGUUUUAAUAUUUUCUUUUACUUAAAUCAACAUUUUGUUUUUGUAAAAGUAUACUUUAACACAUUUAACAAUUUUUAUUCGUCAUUCGCCAGUCCCGUGAAAAAUAUAAUCCCAAUCCAUUUAAAUUACGACUCUUGCGUUUGGCCGGGAAAACGAAGCAAUGUAUUUAAUGCAACAUGUCAAGUUCAUUACUUUUCUGAUAUUGAAUCUUAACAUCCUACUAGUUAGUACAAAACCAAAUAGUUUAUCAUAUUAGAAAAAUCUGAAUGAAAGUUCAGAUUACUAUUAUAGGAGAAGUUUAUUGAUUGGUUCAUUCUCAGCCAAAGUAUAUAUUCACAAGGUCUUUAAAGUCAUCUUCGUCAUCUAGUGGUUUUUCCUUUCAAUAGGUGUACUAACUGACACACUUAUAUUUAAGACAAUCAUACUUCAUCGGCCGAUAUGGACGACAUUUCUUGUGCUGAGACUGGACAAACUUUUCCAGUUUCACAAAAAUGUUUAUUCGAUGUUGACAAUGCAGGAUUUCCUACAGGAUGUCGAGACGGAAGUCAUUUAACUAACUGUGAAAACUUCAGCUGUCCAAACAACACUGUAAAAUGCCCUGGCAGUUACUGCCUGCCGGUACGGUUUGUAUGUGAUGGACACAUCCACUGUAAAGGAGGACAAGAUGAAGAAAACUGCGGAUGUGAGCCGUUGCAAAAUGAGGUACUUAUUCUAUAUGAAAAAGGCACAUCAGAGGAAUCAUAUAUUAGUCAAUUUUCCAGACAGUUUUAUACAGCAACAAGUAUUGUUAGAACAUUGAGUUUUGAAGUAUCAAGGCCUUUAAGGACAUUUGGCAUAGACAGCACACAGAUACUUGUUACAGACAGACAAAUUGAUCAAAGAGGUGAUACAACAUGGCUUCCAGAAUGUAAAUUCAAAAUCAUGUCCAAGGACUUUCUUAAAUCUGUAAAAUUCACAAAGAACGGGACAAAAGGAUUUAUUUACAUUCAGAACAGUGCAACAUCUAAAGAAGUAGCCGAUGAGAUCUUUUCAAAUUUAGAUUAUCUUAUCGGAGAUCAUAAGCUGUAUCGUGUGACACAAGAGUUACAUAUUGAUUAUGAUAGUGAAAGCGUUGUUCCGAAAGUGAUUCCUGUACGUGUUAAAAGAUGGAAAACAUUAACAGCUACCGGGGCGGAAUACUUCAGUGAUGUAUGUAAAGGUUUGUACAAUUUAUGGUUUACUGUCUGUGGAUUGGAUUAUAUUUAUAAGGGCUUUGUUUUUACUACUGAUCAAUUUCACCGGGAUAGGAACAUAAGUCUUAUUAAUAGAGAACAAAUACUUGUAGCCCAAAAGGAGGAGCAGGUUCGAUCUCUGGACUAAGAAAAUGCUUUCAUUAGCAAUAUUGUUGAUAAACACUCAGUCUCCUGGUCUUAGUAAUGUAGGGAAGUUUAUACGGUUUCCUGCUAAGUAAGAAGCGCAAAUGAAUCUUAAAUUAAUACGUGCUAGGGCAACGUGUCUUUGUAAUGUCUACGUCUUUAAUCAAAUGCUGAAUGACAACGUUUGUAUCUUAAACCAAAAUGCAGCAAAAAGAUGGCGUCUUGUCUUUAAC